AUGAAAUUAUAUGUACAACUGAGUUUAUUGUGGAUCGCUAGUUUUCAACUGUAUGAAGCAGUUUUUGUCUCAGAGCUAUGUAGAAAUCGUCAAUUUGGUUUCAAGGUUCAGGAUCCUUUGGAUUGUCAUGGAUUUUAUGUAUGUCUCGGUGAUAUUGGACAAUUCAGUUUGGACUGUGGCCGCGAGUAUCGUUUUAAUGAAACAACACAACGUUGUACACUGGGAAAAUGUCCACCAUGUCCGUGUGCAGUUACGGAUGGUAUUCCCCAAAUUACUGGAUUUCUGCCCAUGAUAAUAUAUCCUUUACAAAAUAAUCCUAUAAUAUAUGGUUUUGGAACAAACGUGGCUCCAUGUAAUUCUGCAGCCCAAUCCACUAGUUUACAAAAUUCAAGCUCAGAUUUGCCCAUGACAUUGCAAAAAGGAUCAGAUAAAGUGGACUCAGUACGUGCUAAGAGUGAUCUGUUAAGUAACAAAACUCGCAUCCUAAUGAAAAAACUGACAUCUAAAAAAAAAGCUCCAGAUACUUCGUUUAUUUGCAUGAAUAAAACUGAUGGAAGUUUUGAAAGAGAUCCCAACAAUUGUAGUUUAUAUUACAUUUGUUAUGACAAUAAUGCAUACACCCAGGAAUGUCCUGGAAUAUUACAAUUUGAUCCCAGUGAUAAUAUGUGCAAUAUGCCAGAAAUCGUUAAAUGUAUUCCAGUUGAGACGAAAGAUACGACCACAAAAGAAAUACAUACAAAUACAUCUACUAAUCCUAUCGCGCAAACAGUUUCUUAUUCUACAAACGGAUUCACUACAACAUCUCCAAUUGAAACUGUCAUGACUUCUCCUGAUAGCGUUUCUAAAACAACAACUCUUUGGCCUACAACACCAGGAGCUGAUAAUACUACUUUAAAUCCAAGGCACGAAACAACAACACUGACAAUCUUAGAAACAACUUAUACCAGACCACUUCGUAGUCGCUCAAUAGAUUAUGGAUCGACGGAAUCAUCAACAACACGCACAACAAUUCAAGAUUCAACCAAUUAUCUAACAACUGAUAGGACUGAAUAUACAACUGAAACAUUCCCAAGAUCUUUUGUACCAACUACUAAUCCAGUUGAGACUUCGACAAUAUCUUCAGCAACCACAGAAUCAGAAACUAAUACAGGUGAGCCCAAUAGUUCGAAUUUGAGAAGAUUUAAAGCUUCAUUAAAUUUCAAUAUACCAAUGCAAUAUACAACUGUUUUUGAAUCACAAACAAAUACAUAUCUCCUAAACACCGACUUCAGAACCCAAGCAACAUUAGAUUCAACAGAUCAGACCACAAUAAUGACUCCACUGAAUUUCGACACCGAUACUACAUUAAAAGAAACUAGUUUUACAACUGUAACUUUCGAAACAACAGAAAAGGCAUUAAGUACGGACCUAUAUCAAAGUACCAUCACUACCAUAAAUUCGUUCAAAGAAAUAAAGGAUGAAUCAAAUGGUCAUAUUACGAAUAUUGGCGAGUCAGGUAUACCAACCUAUGACGUUAAAACAGCAACUACUGCGGAAUAUGAAGAUUUUACAAACGAGUCAACGGAAUCGACUACAACUGAUGCUUCUACGGGAGAACAUGUUACAACACCGCCACCUAGUUCAAAGCAAACUGCAAUAUUACCAAUUGCAAAAAUUGUCCACCAAGGUUCAGAUCUUAAGGAAAUGGUAGGAAUAUUUACUACUACUACCACAAUGCAGCCUAUUAUAUCAACCACCGAUAUAAUCACUGAGCUAACGACUCCAACAAAUAUUUUACUGCCACAAACUACAGACGAUUUUGAAUCACAAACAACAACAGCAUAUCCUUCCACCGACGUCAAAACGAAAGCAACAUUUGAGUCAAUAGAUGAGACCACAGCGAAUUUAAGCACCGAUACGACAAUUAAAGAAAAGCGAUUCACAACAUUAUUUUUUUCUACAACAGAUCCAGAGCACAGCAUUAUUACCGCACUCAAAGAAAUAAGCGAUGAUCCAAAGGGACAUUUUACCGCAGAAUAUAUUGCAGAGUCAAACAUACCAUCUCACAAUGCAAGAUCCGCAACUACAGUGGAUUAUACAGAUAUUACAGAAUCUACUACGUCUGAUACAAUUACAGAGAAACUUGUAGUCACAACACAACCUGACACAGAUCAAACUACCAUACGUCGUUUAGCAAAACUUGUUGGACAAGAUUCGGAUCUUAAGGAAACACCAGCAGCAUCGGUCACUACUACAAUGCAGACAAUUGCAUCAACUUCCGAGAUAAUUACGGAUCGAACAGUACCAAAUGAAUCAACAAUUUAUUCAACGACUUAUGGAGUCACCGAAACAUGGGAAUUACAAUCCACAAAAACUCUAGUAAACAGUUUGCCAUCACAAAAAAUUAAACAUAUUUUACCAGAUCUACAAACUGAUUCUACAAUACAAACGACCACAAUUAUUGAAAAGGAUAAUCGAUUUUUCGUUUCAGGAACUACAGUGGAAUCACCAUUAACGACAGUAGAAACAACAACUCCCACAGAGGAGACAACACAAUCAUACCUCCCAACAUUUACAACUGUGGCAACAGUAACUAUAACACAAUUAUCAUCUGCAACAUUUUUCGAAGGUUCGACAACUACUUGGACAGAAACCUACACAUCAACAGUUACUUCUGAUACUAAGGUAACUACAACAAUUAUUCCCACCGACGUCUCAACAAUAACAGAGGCUACAGCUCCUUCUGAUUUGCCUACGGAAACUUUGUCGACUCUGACUUCAGCUGAAAUCUCCAAAGAAAUAAGCACUACACCGCCAACAACAGAAACUUAUUUUUCAACCAAAGGAUCUGAAUUGGCAACAGAUUCUACGGUGACCAUCGUCGAAACAACCGAGAUUACAUUUACGGUUGAUACAACGACAAGUUCAGCAACAGAAAUAAAUUCCACUACAAUAGCAACUCUUACUCCAGAAAAUACGACAUCAUUGUCCAUCCAAAGCACUACGACAGUAGCAGAUCUUACUCCUACAACUACAUAUAUUUCGACAGAUUCUCCGCCACCUUUACUAACUAAUACGAUUACCAUCCAAAGCACUACGACAGUAGCAGAUCUUACUCCUACAACUACAUAUAUUUCGACAGAUUCUCCGCCACCUUUACUAACUAAUACGAUUACCACAGAGAGUCCAAGUAAAACCGAAUUACCAACUGAACUAACUAAAACACCAGACCAUACACCUCCAACUACAUAUAUUUUGACAAAUUCUCCGACACCCUUACCAACCAAUACGAAGACGCCAGAGAGACCAAAUGAAACCAAGCUACCAACAGAAUUAACCACCGCUACCCCUGCAACUACACACAUUCACUCAGAGGGUCCAAAUCAAACCAAACCACAAACAGAAUUAACCACCGCUACCACCAGUACCGCAGUACCAAUAUGUUUGAAUCAGCCAAAUGGUAAAUUCGUUAGAGAUCCCAACGACUGUAACAAAUUUUACACAUGCUUUCAAAAUUUGUCGUAUCUCCAAAUAUGCCCUGCUGGAUUAUAUUUUGAUACGGUACUGAAUGUCUGCAAUUAUCGUCAUAUGGUCAAUUGUCCUGUCACUACACCGAGUACCUCAACUCCAAAUCCGACACCGACACACAGCCCAAAACCUGAAGAUUGUUAUCGGCUUCCAGGAGGUACAUUCGUUAGAGAUCCUUCAGAUUGCAAUGUUUACUAUGUUUGUCUCAAUGGCAGAGCGAUUAAAUUGCAAUGUCCACGUGGUCAAUAUUUCGAUAAUGAACGCUUUGUUU